CCGGAAGACGUGUCAGUAGUUAUGUACAGAGCAACAAGCAGGUUCAACAGAUCUCUCACUCUUCACAGCGAUUCAGCGGAGGCAAAAGGGGAACGUCUGUGGACCCUUGACAGCUUUCAGAGACUGCUAUGACAUCUCGCAGGUGGUUCCACCCCAACAUCACAGGCAUUGAGGCAGAACGGCUUCUGUUGACCCGGGGUGUCCACGGCAGUUUCCUGGCCCGGCCAAGCAAGAGCAAUCCGGGGGAUUUUACCCUCUCUGUCAGGCGCAAUGAUGAGGUGACCCACAUUAAGAUCCAGAACUCAGGUGACUACUACGACUUGUAUGGAGGCGAAAAGUUUGCCACACUGGCCGAGCUGGUGCAGUAUUACACCGAACAACAGGAUCUCCUGCGCGAGAGGAACGGCCAUGUCAUCGAGCUCAAGUACCCACUCAACUGCAAGGACCCGACCUCUGAGAGGUGGUACCAUGGGCACCUCUCUGGGCGAGAUGCAGAGAAACUGCUGACAGACAAAGGCAAAGCAGGUAGCUUCCUGGUACGGGAGAGCCAGAGUAAACCGGGGGACUUCGUCCUCUCAGUUCUCACCAAUGAGGAGAAACACGAGAAUGUGGACCGCAAGACCAAGGUCACCCACGUUAUGAUACGCUACCAGCAGGAUGGUAAAUACGACGUGGGCGGCGGUGAGAGGUUCGACACCCUGGCUGACCUGGUGGAUCACUACAAGAAGAACCCCAUGGUGGAGAAAAGUGGGAUUGUAGUGCACCUCAAACAGCCCUUUAACGCCACAAGAAUAAAUGCAGCCAACAUAGAGAACCGGGUACGAGAGCUCAACAAAGUAGCAGACAACUCUGAGAAACCCAAACAGGGAUUCUGGGAAGAAUUUGAGGUACUACAGCAGCAGGAGUGUAAACUGCUGUAUCCCCGGAAAGAAGGCCAGAAGCCAGAAAACAAGAGCAAAAACAGAUACAAGAAUAUCCUCCCCUUCGACACAACUCGGGUUGAACUCAGGGAAAUAGAUCCAGAUGUCCCUGGUUCCGACUACAUCAAUGCCAACUACAUCAGAUAUAUAAUUGUCCAGAGUAAGCAUGAAGAGGGGCGCCACGAGGAUGAGGGCAAAGUCUUCAUCGCAACCCAAGGGUGCCUACAGAAUACGGUCGUUGACUUCUGGAAGAUGGUGUAUCAGGAGAAUACACACGUCAUCGUCAUGACCACAAAGGAGAUGGAGCGAGGACGGAACAAAUGUGUCCGUUACUGGCCCGACCUCCACGCCACAAAAGAGUUUGGAAAGGUGCUAGUAAGGAACAUGGAUGAGCGGCCAGCACAAGACUACAUCCUGAGGCAGCUGGAGGUGACCCGUCUAGACAGGAAGGAGCCUCCGAGGUACAUCUGGCACUACCAGUACCUGAGUUGGCCAGACCACGGGGUGCCCAAUGAGCCCGGCGGUGUCCUCUGGUUCCUAGAGGAGGUCAACCGCACCCAGAGUACCAUUCCAGACACCGGACCUAUUGUUGUCCACUGCAGUGCGGGCAUCGGCAGGACAGGCACAAUAAUCGUCGUUGACAUCCUAAUCGACAUUAUUAACCGCCAAGGUCUAGAUUGUGACAUCGACAUCCCAAAGACCAUCCAGAGGGUACGGCAGCAGAGAUCAGGCAUGGUACAGACAGAGGCCCAGUAUAAGUUCAUCUACAUGGCUGUACAGCAGUACAUAGACACGGCUCAGAAGAGACUGGAGGAGGAGCAGAGGAAUAAGCUGAAGGAGAGGGAAUAUUCCAAUAUCAAAUAUCCUCAGAUGACCAACUCGAGGUCCAAACCCAGCAUGACAUCCUCACGCUCUUCUUCUGUGAUGACAAAUGAUGAUUCGUCUAGUGUGUACGAGAACAUAAACUUUAAAAGCCCUCAGAUGUCAUUUAGCAGUAACACCAGGAGAUAAAACCAUUGCUGUUGACCUGAACAUCUGUCUACCUGCCUCCCUUUUCAGCGGAGGUGACUCUUCAUCAGCUCCUAAAAAUCCCUUGGGGGAGGAGGGAGUGUGUUGCUCUGACUGCACCCCACAUCAGUGGACCCUGCCUGGGCUGAAGGUGGCGAGCUGACCCCUCUCUCCUGCUGCCGUCCUGCUUGGCCUCUCUGGAGUAAAACCAUAGAGACAAUGACUCUACAGCAUAGUGCUCUCGCUCAGGUCCCUUGUCCCCCCUUCCCCUCCCCCACCCAUCGCUCUAGCCUCUUCCUCUCUUAACCAGCGCGAGUGCCUUGUCACAGGAUGUGUCUGUAAUCUAGCCUCCCCAAACCUGCUGUUACUUCUUUACUGUUACAAUUUCCAAAUCCUGGAAAUCCAAGACAUGAGAAACAUCCUGUUUCUCUAGGUGUGACGGAUAAUAAACAUGGAGUCUAUGGAGUCUGCUGCGGCCUGGACUGAACAGAACUGUAAGGGAACCAAGAAUAGGUCAAAGCUAAGCUGUUUGUCUGCUCUUUGACAGAAAUCAGUCUGUUCACUUUCCCUCUUUCUCUGUCUUUGCUGACUUCAUUUAAACUCAACCUUAGACUGUUUUUUGGCAUUGUGUCUCUCCAGCUGUGUUGGUUAUUAAUGUGGGUGCUGAGUGAUAACAAGGACGGACACGUAACCUGCUACAAGACCCUGAGGUACAGGGAAAGCAAGCAAGCUCUAUACAAAAUUUGACACAAUAAUUUCAGGUGUGAAAGUGGACUUUUUUUUUUUUUUUGAAGAUGUGACUAAUUGUCAAUGUUUUGUUGUUAAUGAGUUGUACAGUAUGUAACUCCUGCAAAUCAGCUCUUCUAUACUUUAAUAGGACUGGAGGCCAUUAAUGGUUACUGGGACACAUCAGUCCUGUCCGUCAUCUGAACAUGGCCUCCAGCUGUUUUUUUUGUCUGUCCAUUUAAUCAGCUUGUUUUAAUUAUUUCUUGGUGUUUUUGCUGAUACUGUGUAACAUAUGAGAUGUUGAUUUAUUUAUAUAUAUGUGUGUAUUUAUAUCUAUAUAUACAGUGUAUACAUAUAUAUACACACACACACACACACAAAUUUUAUAAAGGAGCAUUUGGAUGGGAGAGAUCAUGUUCAAGCACAAAUGUCUAAGCAGCGUCCCCAGCACUAAGUUUGAUUUACCAAUAAAUUGUAAUAUUAGUUCCAAGUCCAGAUUUGACAGGAAAUAGGGGGAGGGGAUUCCUGAAUGGGUGUUUGGAGUUGAGCUCGGCUGACCGCCGUCUCUCAGCUGUGUUUGACUGGCUGUCCUCGUUAAUCAGCAGGUCUGAUGCAGUUCAACAUCUGUCAGAGGAGAUCGUCACAAGGAGACAAGAGAAUGGGGGCGAUUACAGUGGGCCAGAUGGCCAUCUGCCUGAGAUUGAAGAAUAGAUUUGUCUCCAAAAAGUAAUUUAGAAGAUGGCCAUAAUCCAGGCUUGAUGAUAGUAGCAGGCGUGUAAGCCAACGUCAUUGAUGUGACAACAAAGACGGUGGUGUCGUAGAGCUAUUUUUAGCUUCCUGAAUCAGCACCAAAGUAUCCUACUCAAACACAAGUACACAUGCAUUUGUGAAAUCUGAGCUAGCUUGUUUAAAAUGUAAUGAAUCCAGAAAUCCUUAAACUCUCACAGUAGGAAGAUGUCAUGAUCAUGUGUGUUCAGUCUAUCUUUUUUAUUUUAAUUCAAAGCAUCGAAUGAAUGAACAGCGCCUGUUGGUGGUGUUUGUGCUCAGACCAUUCCUCUUUCUCCACCAACAGAAAUGUUUGAGUAACCAGGUCAAGGACACUCACAGACUGGGCUCGCCUCGUUUUCUUCCUCAUAAAUCGGCCAGUUUUGGCUGCUGCAAUUUGUGAUUCUUUAGAAACGUGAUUUUAAAAUACAGCUAAGUGUAAUCAAAAUGUGCAGGAGUAACAGUACUCAGUCAUUGCACUGUAAUUUGACACUGCAGCAGCCAUAUCAUCCUCUGUGACAACACAGUUCUUUCAUUUAUUAAGGUCUCAGUUGAAGCUUUGUUUGUCCAGUGAUUUCCGUCACUUGUCUGUCAACAUGAAAAGUUUUCCCAGUAUAAAUGGUUGCCAAUGCAUUUUAAUGGUUGAUUCCUUUUGUGAAUAAAAGCUAUGUUUUAUGAAAUGUGUGGCAUUGAUGCCCUGUGUCGGUGAAGGCCUCUGUCUGUCUAGAAAUCUGCUGCACCACUUGAAUUUGGACGAUGAAGAUGUUUGGAUUCUGCUAGUUUUUCCUUUUGUCCUUUUUCCCAUCUGAACUGUGAUCUUUGUCCGAUGAAUGACAAAUGACCUUGGUCAUUUUGUUUUUGAAUUAUCUUGCGCUGUGGAUUUUUAUUGUAUUUCACUUUGCCUCUAUGGGUCAAAUUUGUUUUAUGAUAUGGUGAAACAUCAAUACUUGAAAGUGUGAAACUGCUGAAUCUUUGGUUGUGUGAAUGUCCAUUGGCUGUGGAAGGAUUUUUGGUAGUGCACUAGACUUGUCAGUGUUGUUUAUUUUUUCCUCUUUCAUUUCAAAUUGAUUGUUUUGUCCUCUGUUGCAUUUUAUAUUGUGUCUGAAUUAUUACUAUUAUUGGUGUAAUUUUACCAUUGAUAAGUACAUUUUGCGUUGAACCAGUAUACAUGGAGGUGUGUAACACGGUAUUUUCUUUUUGCUUGUCCUCUUACAUUUACUUGAACUUGAUGUUGAUGUCAAUUUUUGAUUCUUGUUCCUCCAUUGGUCGCAGUAUGCCUGCAGUGAGUAGUAAUAUUCUGAGUGCUCCCAUGUUGUUUAGUGGAGACUCUUCCUCUUUUUUCCUUUUCUUGCACUGGCUCUGCCCAGACGCCUUCUUGCUGUAUAGAAUACAACUGCUGAUGCAAUGAACAGCCAGAAAUGGCACAAAAAUGGUUUAUUAUCAUAGAGUUUAAUAAAAAUCUACGUUGGCACUAUGUU